UGGCGGACAAAGCCCAAUCAGCGCUUGUUGAAUGCUGUAGGUAGGUAGUAUAAACAUAUUUUCGUGUCUCCCUUGCCUCGUGAAUCGAAAUAAUGAAAAUUUACUGUUUUUAUCCUUCCAAUUUUGUAUCCCGUGUGUUGGUUGCUGGAUCAGAAUCUUUACUGUUGGAUCUGAUCCCUAGUACACGUGGAUGAGGUUGUGACCUGCGUCGUCGAGUUAUUUCUUUACCGUUUUGAUAUGGGCCAAGAGACCAUGUCCCGGUAGCAGGCCAAAUUGCGACUCAAGAAGUACCCUUGUAACCCUGGCUCCUUUUCCUAUUCAUAGACUGGGAAUUGAUAUUAAAGACGACAACAUUUCGCGACGGGGAGAGAGACAAUGUCUUCCAGUGGACCCCCAGGCCCAGGAGGGCUUUCCCUUUUCCCUAAUACAUCUAGGUCGCCGCCUCGGAAGACAACUCCUCGACCACGCGCCAGAUCCUCGUCUCGGGGGCAAGGCUCAUCUCUAGACAUGACGCCGCCGAGGAAUGGUCGACAGACACCAGAAGAUCUCUCUGAAUUUGUCAUCGACGGGUCACCAUCGAUGGUUACCCCACCACAGAUGGCUUCCAAUAACCCAUUUUAUCAGAACCAAGCAGGUCCGUCGGUAUCAAGGCCAGUACCGGCAUCUGAAGUACCGCCACGAGUAGAUACCGCAUUUUCGGGGACGAGUACGUUAGUGAGAAGUGAGAGUGAACUGUCCCGAAAUUCAAUCGCCAAGAGACCCUUGGAAGAACCAUCAACAUCAUAUACGACGGCGGAACCCGCUAUUCGUUCUAUAUUCCCACAAUACGAUCAUACUCUACCAUUUGACCGGCAAGAGUAUUACCCAACUCAGGCGAGCCCAACUCACAUACCACGAACUGUUAUUAGCAGACAAUCUCAUGUGCCGGAGGCCCGCAGUCCGCCAGUUCGGAGUCCCGUGAGAAGUCCUCUCAGCGCAGGUUCCGCACAGCGGUGGCCAAGACGGCCUCAGGACCCUCCAGUCAUCCCAACUGUGAGCUCAACGGAAGAUCUCCGUGAUUUCUGGAAAGCGGCGAAUGGAUGGAAAGCGUCUGCUGUAGAAGGAAGAACCUUCUGCAUGAAGCUCAUCCCUGAGAAAGACACCCCAAUCUACAACCUAACAUCAUCUUCCGCUCAACCAUUCUACCAUAUGCGGAUAGAUCCCACAUCGGCAAGCGCAUACGUGACGUUAAGCCGACACGACCCAAGCAAGCCCUAUAAGGGGGGAGACCCGACUACGAGUCCCAGAUCAAGUGGUUUCCUCGGGGCUCUUCGGGAAUCUGAAUCGAAGCCGUGGCAAGAAGCCCUUACUACCACGCUCGAAGAACCGACACGCCGCCUACCGCCCAACGAUGGUCUCGUUGCGCUCUUAUACCCUACCGGAGCAGCGAAGGUAGCGUUGGAUAGGCCGGACGACAUCCAAGCCGUGAUGGCCGCGGAACGCGAAUGCGCGCGUCUGGUCUGGGAUGAGGAUAGUCAAAACUACUUCCUGGUGCACCCGGCCCUAGCAUCGCCGUUCUGUAUCACAGUCGAGCGUAACCCGGCAUGGAGCCGAACUGAAUACACAGUCGAACACAUCGAGUCGCCACACCACAUCGCGAAGCUCUCACGGGACAGCACGGGCGAGGGCUGGAUCGAGCUUGACACAUUAGUCGCGGGGCAGAUCGAGGCAUACUACAUCCUCGACGUAGCCGUCUCCGCCCUCCUCCUCGUCGCCAACAUCGACGAGAAAAACGUCGUCGUCGAACACUUCGAACCGCCACCCCCCGCACACCUACGCACCUCGACCUCAAACUCCGACUUCCGCCGGAGCAGCAGCCGGCUCAGCGCCAAGAUCCUAAGCAAGAAAAGCGGGAAGAAGCGCGGUCGUCUCGAGGAGCUAGAGUUAGAUCUCGAGAGCCAGGCUAGUAGCUUAGGGGGUAAGCUGAAUAUCAAGGACAAGGAUAAGGAGAAGCUGCCCGGGACGACGCGGACGAUCAUCAAGCUGCUGGGCUUCGCGUUUAAGUGCGUGAUCUGGGCGCUUACUCUGGCGUUUAAGGCGCUGAUGGCUGUGAUUGUGGGUUUGAGCAAGUGUUUGACUAGUGAAAAGCUUUGAAUUACCUAAGUGUAGGGAGCGAGGAGUUGGGAGGGAUAUCUGAUAGCGGAUCUUUACCUACAUAACUAUACCUAUGGAUAUAUUUUACGGCCCGGUCGGUUGGGCAGUACAUAUGUAUUAAUGAAGCAGGCAGGUCGUUUCCUCUUCUACACUUGGACUGCUGGACAUAAUUGGGGAGGUUUUAGAUACCAAAUACAAGCACGAUAUACGCUCGGGAGAAGCGAUCGGUGCUCGAGAGUCAAUCGAAUUGCGAUGGAUGUAUAUAUGGGAUUGGGUCUAUUUCUUUCUGGGUAUCGCAUAGCUCUAGACGAUCUGAGAACCCCGGUUGCCUGAACGCCGCCUGUAAUAAUGAGAGCAAAGGAUGAAAAAUCCGGUUCUGUUAACCGCUACUUAUGCUCUCGCAUCGUUUUCCUCCUUUUAAUUGUGGUAUUGAAACGAUUUAUCGCUUCCUCUCCCGAACUUUGAACUUCUUGCCGGACUUGGUGAUGCCGUUCAUAGACGUUGCUGUCUUG